GGGAGGAGGAGUUCUUUUUCUCUUGAAUAUAAGCUAAAAAUGGUAGCUUAUUUGCAUGAGACAUCACAAUAUUCUACCAACAAUGACCCCAAAUUUAUGGUCCAUAAACUAUAGUAACUCUUAGCUGAGUAAUUCUCAUAAUAGGGUCUUUCCAAAACAAAAUUUUCUUCUUCAAAGAAACCAAAAUUUUGUUAAAUAGUGACUACACACUGUGAGAGAUGCAAAGUUCUUGAGAAACAAAAGUACCGGGAAGAAAUGGACAAAAAUAAGUCGUUCUUCAAAAUAAUGAUGAAUGAUUUCAGGAAUAGACUGCGGAUUCCAAAAAGGUUUGUGACUUCUUUUAAGAACAGUAACAAACUGUUGGGCCGGAAGUUUCUAACAGGCCCUUGUGGCAAAACGUGUUUGGUUGAAGUUAAGAGAACAGAAGAGGAUGAUUUUGUUUUCUGUAAUGGCUGGGAAAUAUUUGUCAAAGAUCAUCACUUGGAUGAUGCUGAUCUGUUGGUGUUCAAGAUGGAUGGUUUUUCAGGUUUUGAUGUCACGAUUUUUGACCCAAGCGCUUGUGAGAAAGAGGAACCUAGUAGUGAAGAUGAUCCUUCAUGUGAGGAAAUAAACUAUGGAUAUGAUGAUGAUGAUGAUGAUACUACUGAUGAAGAGGAUAACAUACAAGAGGUUACGAGCCGCAAAUCAUCUCAUGGAAAACAGUAUCAGUUCCAUUCACCUCAGCCUAGCAAAGGGAGGAAAAAGAAGAAAAUCUUGGUAGCCAAGGAGGACAAUAAGAAAAGGAAGUGCACUCCUGAGGAAAACAGUUGCUCGUACUCAAACAGACGCCAGGUUCCAGAGAAAGAGAAGAUGAGAGUUCAUCAGCAAGCCUCAAGACACACAUCUUCUGUGCCUUGUGUUCUGAUGAAAAUGAAGCCUACCCAUGUCUACAAUGGUCAACUGAAGUUCCCUAGAGCAUGGGCACAGGAGCACAUGAGGCAAAAAUCUGAGACAAUUACUCUAAGAAUCCCUUCGACUGGAAGAACGUGGCCGGCGUCAAUUCGUUGCAGAAUGGAAGGGCUGGUGAUCCAGUCAGGCUGGGAAGAUUUUGUUAUGGAUAAUCGUCUAGAUGAAUUUGAUGUUUGUGUGUUUGAGCUUGCACUAGGAGGAAAACACAACUCAAUCCCAGUUAUUUUGGAUGUCCACAUCUAUCCUGUUAAGAAUGAGAUCAUUGGACCACUCUAAUUCCAACAGCAUUUACUUGAUUUGCUAGGAAUAUUAUGUUUGUUUAUGCUUUUGAGAUUUAAGUCCGUUUUAUGUCCAUUGAAUUUCUGCCAUGGACAAAGUAGUCGUAUGUACCUAAUUAUCAUGUUGUUGUUGUUUUGUGAAUGCUAAUUACGAGACAUCAAGAAGUUUAUUCAGUAUCA